CUUCAUUCUUUCCGUAGUUGCUAAACGUGACGGUCGGGUGUUGGUUCUUUUCUCGUUGGAGCAAAUUGUGGAAGAUAAACCAUUAAUCGGAAGAGAAGCGGAAAACCACAUUUCCGGCUAUUUGCGCACGUAGGCGAAUAUCGGUAGCAACAACACGGUGGUCUCAACCAUAGGAAUUGAAUUACUCCGCUCUCUGCUUGGUUUAAAAAGUUCAUUUAUUGUUGUUUUCAACAUACAAAGAGCGUGCUUUGGAAAAGUCGAAAGGAAAUUUUAUAGUGCCGCGCCAGUGUGCGAUAGUAAUCGCUGAUUUGUUUACAAUUGCUUAUCAGUGCUAGUAGUGUCGGGCUCAUAUAGUGUGAAUGAUUGAAUUUCCUUCGCGAGGUGUUUGACGAAAAACGAAGGUGCCCUGUUACGUGGUCAUUGUGCGGUUCUGAAGAAGGCGAAAAAUGUGAACCGAGAUCCGCUCGACACAAGAGCAGCCAGCCAAGCAGGAAUCGCGUUUUUUUACUUCUCGUAUACAUCAGGCACCUCGCCCUCGUACCACUACUACUGUUGCCGUCGUCGUUGUCGGACGUCCACACUGAGCGCUGUAGGUACAGUGCACCACGCAAGGGAACCGAUCCGCUUCGCAUUGAGUGUGUGACGGACUGGGAGAGGAGCAGGCCUUGGUUUCCGUCAUCUACACCAUCAUCAUCGUCAUCGUCAUCUCUAUCAUCGGCCGCAGCAGCGACAGGCAGAAUACGGCUGCUUCGUUGCAAACUGGCAGCGGCCUACUGCUGCGUACCCUCCGAUUACAAAAAUUCGCUGUUUGAGGCUUGUUUUUCUCGUGACCACAACGCCUAGUUAGUAGUGUGAAUUAUAAGCUAACGCUUUGGUUUGCUACGAAGUGAAAACAAGUCAAUUAGUUUUGGAUUAAUUUGAGUGUAGUUUUGAAGUGAUCAUGUCUCACACGCCUGGGGAUUCUGAUCAGGAGCUGGGCAGUGCAAAUAGGCAACGGCGUUUGUUGUUACAGAAUGGCGCUGGCUCGGUGUCAGGUGAUAGUAACGAAGUAUCCAUCCUGAGGGAGGAGAAUUGCCGUCUGUUAACCACUCUAGUUGAAUGUAAUAAAACGCUUGAGAACACCAAACUCCGGUAUGGAACGGUGAGGCGUGAAUAUUACGCUGCAAAGAAACGUCUGAAACGGAUGGGGGAUAAGCUCCAAGCACUAUCCGGCCAGGGAGGUACGGCACCGGAUGGCAGUGAGAGCGGAGAAAGUGUACCGGUUCAGCAGGCACCGGGUGCUCCGUCCGCAGCCGACGUGGACGACGAUGUCCGCAAGAAGUGGAAGGAACCAAACGUUAAAGCAGCCGUUAAACUAAAAGCUGCCAUCGGAGUGCAUGCGUAUCAAUCGUUGAUAAAGGACGGGGAGCUGCAGCUGCCUAGUUUGCGUACAAUUUCGCGCUACGUGGACACACUGAAAAAGGCCGGACUAAGGCCAAAUUAUGAUUUCAACGUGCGGGACACCGACACAGUUGGUCGGUUGUUUGUGGAGGAAGAUGACAGCGGCGACGUCGAUCACAACCGGAACCAACAGGCCAAGUCGCAACAGCGGCACUCCAGGGACGUUUCCGAUGCAGAGGAUCCGGUCAAUUUUAGUGUUCAUCCCGACAUCAGCUUCUAUCCGGGCAAGAUAGAACCGGAAGACAUGGACGGUGAAGAAGACAAUCGUUCCGAGCUAUUCCAGAAUGGUUCCGUAAACGGAGAAUCCUACCAUCUCUCCCAGGAACAGCAGCAGCAGCACCAGCAGCAGCAGCAACAACAACAGCACCAUCAACAGCCACAGCAGCAGCAAACUCUCACCAGCGCCCACAUCGAAUUCCUCAAAUCGAUGACCGGCUUUCGGAAGAAGUGGACUCCGUUCGAGCUGCGCACCUGCAUGGAUAUACGGCGAAUUAUCGGCAGCAAGGAAUACGACUCGCUGCGGAAGAACGAUGGAAUGCCGUUGCCUAGUGCAAAAACGCUGCGAAAGUACAAACAUGCGGCCCAUCUGGAUGGGGUGGAUGUGAUGAGUCGAAAGAGAAGUUACCGCGAGAUGUUGGAAGGUCUAGUCACACCGGGAUCUAAUGGGGCCACAAUGAACGGAACCGCCCCAUUCGGAGACUAUAUGGAUGAUAUUAUGAAUGCCGAGGAACCCGAAGGGUUUUUCGAUAUUAACGGCCUAACGGAGCAGCAGAUCGAUUUUCUGCAAGCUUUAUCGAGCAAUACCAAGGGCUUCUCCGAUUUCGAACUGCAGAAAACGUUGGAAUUUAAAAACGAAGUUGGUGGUAAAAAUUACGAAAUUCUGCGCAAGCAGGAAUGUUUGCACAUUCCCACGUUGGUCAUGCUUAAGCGAUAUGAACACGAAAAUGGACUGGAGGAUCUGUCCGCGAUGGUUGUUGCGGAAGAUUUGGAUGAUGAUGAGGAAGAACAAGAACCAGAGCAGGAUCUCGAACCGGAGAUUGAUGUCGAAGUGGAACCCGAUACAGAAACGAUAUUCGAAAACGGUCAACCUCAGCCGGAUCAUUAUGCGGUAGAAAUGAACGGAACGGGUGAGGAUUCGCACAUGGGCAUCUUCGAGCACCAUUCCAUCUUCGAUAAGGACGACGUACCGUCGUUCGAUAUGAGUAAACUGUCGCAACAGCAUAUGGAAUUUCUGAACACACUGCCAGAGAACCCAAAGCGAUGGACUCCACAUAUGAUCAACUCCGCUCUUGAUAUCAAAAACGAAAUCGGCACCCGAGACUACGAGUUGCUACGUAGACAGGGUAUUCCACUGCCGGCGGCUAGAACCCUCCGAAGGCACAAGGACAUUAAAAGUAGAGUAACCGAAGGAGAGGCCCUUUAAGGGAAAAACAGUCGAAGAAUGGUGGGGUUUUUAAUUAGAGGUACCUGUACUAUAUAGUGUAACUUUGCCGGGGGAAGCGUUUGUCCCCCUUUUUUACAGAUAGGUGUUAGGUUGUACGACAGCAGUAAACAAAUGGCGCCAAAAAUUCGAAAAAUUCAAUUACGUGUGAAGUUUUCUUUGUGAAUUGAAUAGCAGUAGUUGUUCGUUGUUUCCUGCCACCCGAGGAACGACCGUUAGAAGUGUACAUUUUUUAUCCCGAUAGUUUGCUCUGAUUUGUGCUGAGUAUGGAUUUAGAGACAAAAACAAAUAAAUGACACGAGAAAAUUUAUGAAAUUGUA